AUGGCCAAGCCUCAGCCUUCCUGGGGUCUCGCUGGCCCCGAGACGCCUGCAUCGCCGCGGACGAUGCGAACCCUUCGGAAGAUCCAAUCUCAUCAGGUCCUGACCACCUCCAGUGCCCUCAUCGCCCAAACUCAGUCUUCUCGCCCAUCCGCUACUCGUCAAACAGAUUCCGGACCCACAGCCACACCGAACAGCAGCUCGACGCGCACUCUCACACACCGACGGGCGCGAUCAAACAGUGAUGCGGCGGCUCGCGAAGCGGCCCUCGCCGCACCCAUGCCAACUCAGAGACGCCCUGCAAGAAAGACCGGCUCGGGAAUAGGCAUCAAAAGAUCCCUUCUGGAGAAUCUGCUUCGUGAUGGACCGCAGAAUGGGAAAACUCACGAAGGACUUCAAGAGUUGAAGUACCUAAUUCUCUCAACCAAAGUGGAUGCGGAUGGAGAUGGCAUGUCCCCGUACAGAAUCUAUCUCUGGCUGGUACUCCUCAACAUUCCGCCCGUUCCCACUGACGACUACCUGACUCUGGUCCACCGCGGUGGUUCCCCCGCCUACACGAAAAUUCGCAACGACACUUUCCGGACUCUCGCGACUGAUCCUCUCUUCAAGCGGCGCGUGACCGAAGCUAGCCUGAUCCGGCUACUGAAUGCGGUGGCAUGGAAAUUACACGACUCGAAAGUCAAGCCUCGCUCUCGACCUACUUCAUCCCGGAGACGUGAAAUGGAACUCCUGGUUGACACGCCACCGAGCAUUGCGGAAGAGCCAAGUGCCGACUCGGCGAUCUAUGUUCAGGGUAUGAAUGUUCUCUGCGCACCCUUUCUGUACGCAGCUCGCAGCGAAGUGGAGGCGUUUGCCCUGUUUCACUAUUUCGUAACCCAAGAAUGCCCCGGAUAUAUCCGCGGAGCUAUGGAUGGAGUUCACAAGGGCCUUCGACUAGUUGACCGAUGUCUGGAAAUUGUGGAGCCCAAACUUGCGGCCUAUCUCGUCUCUAGGAACUUGUCUGCGGAAUUGUACGCCUUUCCUUCCGUUCUGACACUCUGCGCCUGCACUCCACCGUUGCCAGAGGUCCUCCACCUGUGGGACUUUUUGUUUGCUUACGGUCCACAUCUCAAUAUCCUCUGCAUUGUCGCUCAGUUGGUCCGAAUACGGGAUGCCAUAUUUGAAAGUGAUAGGUGA